AUGGCGAAUAAAAAGAACAACCAAAACAAAAAGAACACCGACGGUCCGACAAUGAACGGGAACAAUACGACAGUCACGGCUUCAUUGAUUCAUAAUGCCUCCCAUAAUCCGCAACAUUCAACCAGUCCUUCUCCCAAUGCAAUGCACCAAAACAACAACUCUGCGGCUGUAACAAAUGGAACAACAACACCUACACCGUCUUCUACCACAACGACGACUGGAUCACAACAUCAUCAGUCACAGAAUCAACAUUCUCAUCAAAAGCCUUUGACGACAUCUACAUCAUCGCAGCAAGCGAACAACUCGAAGCAACCGGUGAAAAAGGUACACCACAACGAAGUUGAGAAGAUAAACAGUAAUGUUGGAUCCCAAUCAAGCCAUGGAGGUGUUGGAGCAAGGGGUGGUGGUGGAGUUGUGAAACAAGAUCCAAAACCAAAAGAAAAGGAGAAAGAGAAAAGUUUUCAAGCUAGUGGGAGGCAAAGCAAUCAAGCGAAUCAUCACCAUCAUCAUGUCCAUCACAAUACUGGAGGAGGUGGCUGUGGAAAUCAACAGAAUCAUCGAAAAAAAGAGAAUAAGAAUCGUGACCAGUCAAAUCAAAGUCAUCGAGGUGGCGGGUCGUUCGGAAACAGCCACAGUCAUCAGCACCAAUCAUCGCAUUCCGCUGAAAUCGCAAAAUCUACCGGAUUCCCAUCGAACUCAUCCUUGUCAUCUUCGGGACAAACAACGAAUUCUGCCGUUCAAACGAUUCCUCCUCCAAGCGUGACACUGGAGGAUAAAAAAGUACAAACCGAUGAAAUCGUUGAGAAGAAAGUGAAGGUGGUGAUAAAGGAAGAGCCACCGCAUUUCAAAAGUACAAAUCCAAAAGAUAUGGAUACGGUUAUGGCUUUCAAGGAGCAUGACGACUGGAACAAAGUGGAGUUAUUGUUAGAACUGUUGUCAUUCCUUUCUCCAACCGAUCUUCGUCUUCUUGGAAACUGCAUUGAAGGUUCUGUACGCUGCUAUACGAAUCAAAUGCGUCCAGUAGAGAACACUUCAAACAGUCCUGAUCCAACCGCAUGCCUUCCUGCGUUUUUAUGUUCAUUGACUCCACAACAACCUUCCUCAUUUCCUGCUGCAACGUCUGAAAGUUCCCUGGUCAACCAGAGAAGUAUGGUGAACAACUUGUUCGCUCAUCAACAUCCACCUGGUCUCCCUCCAUUAAUACCGGCUAUGAUAUACCCUGUAGAAACAAAUUAUCAGCAAUCAACUUCUUCUAUGGCACCCUCUUCUACAUUACCUGUUAACACAAAAGAAAUUUGUAAUGGAACAACACCAACAAGUUCAACUAGGUCUGCAAGCAAUACUCCUUCCGAACAACAACAACACGAUUCACUGCAAAAUGUUGCUAAAAAUAUUAAUGGUUCGAUUACAACGAGCAAUCCGCCGUCUUCAAAACCGUUACCCGAAGCUGAAGCACUAUCACCCACUAGCGCUCGGACAUCAUCAGCCACGACGCCACAGCCUGAACCACCAGUCCCUCAAGAGCCUGAAAAGUUCCUCAGAUCUGUUCGAGACUUGACGAGUUAUCUGUACAUGCUCAUGGCUGUAUGUGCUUCAACAAAUCGCAAGUCUGCUGCUAAGAUAUCAGAUUAUGUGAAAAAUGUGGUCAUACGGGAGAAGGGACAGAUUCUUGAGCGUAUUCCAGAUGAACUCGACAAGAUUGAUGUUCUUCAGGAUAUUGGGAAAAUUGUGGCAGCAAUGACUCAUCACCCCGCAGUUUCUGUAGACGACAAAAUGAAGUAUGCAGACAUGCGAGAUGGUUUACGAGCUGAAAUUGAAUGUUUGUUCCGAUUAUACUACUCACCAGAAAAAGAACUAGAACGGAAGCGUGCAGAAGUUACGUCGACACAAGGAGUUGGCGAUGUGGCAGAUGAAGGAGAAUCAGAUGAGGAAGAUGUAGAAGAGUAUGAAAUUGAGAGGCGCUACGAAUACACCAAUUCUCGAUUUGGAAAUAAUUCUCAAUCUUCUUCUGGAGCUUUCUUCAUCACUCGGUUUAUCGGGCGUCAAGUUGAGAAAAGCGACAAUUUGUUCAGUUUAGAAAUACACUGGAGUGACGGUGAUCGCACAUUUGCUCAACGAACGAGUAACCAGUUGAAAGCUCUUCAACACCGGCUACUUGAUGAGUUCGGACAGCAAAGAAGUGAGAAAUCUCAUCAUGGAAUGGCUUCAUCCAUUUCUUCAUUUGACGAAGAUCACAAAAAACUGUCGACAAGUACUUCCACUAUGGAAACUUCUUUUGCUCCUCCUGGAGAUCGUAUCGUUCCUCGUCUAGCCCGUGACGCCACUCCAGUGCAGUAUAUUCAGUACAUAAAUGAACUAUCUGACUUACCAGCACGUAUGAUGCUCUCAACUGUAAUAUGUGAAGAAUUCAAUGGAACCCGGUUACGAACAGAAGAUGAAACGAACGAAACAUCAGACGGGUUGAUAUUUUCACGAUGGAAGAAUCCCCGUGCCAAAUCUCCAGUCCGUUAUUUCCAACGAAAUGCAGCAGGAAAGAUCGAAGCGAUAGAACUGCCGAUCAACCUUCAACCCUUCAUAUAUUCUAAUAUACCACAGACCCAGAUGCAAACGCUGUUUCCAAGUUGUUCCAACUGCGGUGGGCCGCAUAUGGUAAAAGAUUGCAACAAACCAACGUUGCUGGAUAAGAAGGUAGAACAUAAAAUGCGCCUCGAUCCAGAAGGUCCAGUGACGAUGCCUCCUCAAAUACCUGGUGUCACUACACCGGCUGUAGCUUAUCCUCCUAUGCAUGCACAGAUGCCUCAUCCAAUGUACCUUGAUAAUAAUCAAUUGCUGGGGGUGGGACAUUUCGCUCAUCAUCAACAACAGCAACAACAAAUGAUGCAGAACGCAAUGUUUCACAACGGUCAAUUUCGGACAAAUGGUCAGUUCGAAAAUCCGGGUCAACUCAUAUUCUACCAACAAGUUGUUCCAAACUCAAAUAACACAAAUUCAAACAAUGGGAAUGGAGGUGCCAGUCAGAACAGUAACUUCUGA